GCAUGCGCAGUGGCGUCCACCUAUUUGUCCUCUCCUAUUUGUAUGCUUUAAUGUUGCCCAUGAAUCCCUUCUACAGCUCCAUCAAUCUCACACACUCCUUUAGAGUCGCUGCCCAUCACAGGAUUGAGCGGGCAAUCUCAUGCCUAUAUAUACUGCAAAUGCACUGUCAAUCCAGUAACCAGUUCUUGGACGAGUGGCAGUGUUGUCUGCUACCCUUCUUCUUGGGUGUUUUCUAGAUCAGUGGCAUGAAAGUUGUGGUGCAGGAGAACUGCAUUUGUUCUUCGGGUCUUAAAACCAAUACUAUUCGCUUUUUCUGCAUCCAAACACUGAUUCAAACCAAAAGAUGUCAUGAAGGAGUCCCAUCCUUCUAUCGAAACUGUCAUCUUUGUGGAGCACCAGCAAGAAGAGAUGAUCUGAUAUUGUCUAUGCUCAUAAUCUUCUGUUGUUCAUUUUGUUCUUGCAGUUUCUCCCAUCUGAAUCGUAAUGAGGAAACCUGUUGCGAACACAGCUGUUUCGGUGCUCGUGUUCUUCUUGAUUAGCUUGCUCGUCACAUCUGAGGUAGAUGCUGUCUCAGCUCCGAUGGAGGAAACGGAACGAGAAGCUCUGUAUUUGGCCAUUCAAGGAUUCGUCGGGAGGCAUUGGGAUGGGCGGAAUCUGUAUCCUGAUCCUUGCGGAUGGACUCCGAUACAGGGGGUGUCAUGCGACGUUUUCGAAGGCUUGUGGUACGUCACCGUCGUCAACAUCGGACCGGUUCUUGACAACUCUCUCGAAUGCUCUCAGGAAGCAGCGUUCAGUCCCCAACUCUUUGAGCUGAAACGUUUGAGAAGCCUCUCCUUCUUCAGAUGCUUCACUUCUCUUAGCCAAACCACCACCCUGUCUCAGGAUUGGCGAAAGCUAUCUGGAAGCUUGGAGACACUGGAGUUCAGAUCAAACGAUGGUCUCACAGGAGCAAUUCCCGUCGAUCUUGCUCUGCUCUCGAAUCUCCAAUCUCUUGUACUGGUAGAGAAUUCAUUGACGGGCGAGCUGCCUCUAGAGAUGGGGAACUUGGUCCGCCUGAAGAGAAUGUCGCUCGCGGGGAAUCGGCUCUCUGGCCAACUCCCGGCUUCCUUGGGCAACAACUUGUCUGAGCUUUUGAUCCUGGACUUGAGCGGCAACUCCCUGAGUGGAUCUCUUCCGUGUUCAAUCGGUGGCAUGAGUUCACUCCUAAAGCUUGACUUGAGCAACAAUCACCUGAACGGAGAGCUCCCAUCGGAGCUCGGGAAGCUGAAGAAUCUCACACUUCUGGACCUGAGAAACAACAGUCUUUCUGGGACGACACGGUCCCUCGGAGGCAUGGUGUCGCUCCGGUACAUGCUUCUCUCCGACAAUCCAUUGGGUGGGAACCUAAAGCAACUCGGGUUGCGGAAUCUGAGGAGUUUGACCACCUUGGACCUUUCUAACACUGGCUUCAUCGGUGGAAUUCCAGAAUACAUUACGGACUUGAGAAGGUUGAGAUUUAUCGCCUUGGAUAACAAUAAUCUCACGGGCAGCGUCUCCAAAAAGUUCCAAGAACUAUCUGGUCGUGCUGCUCUUUACCUGAACGACAACAACCUGACAGGAGAGCUCGAGUUCUCGGACGAGUUCUACAGGAGGAUGGGAAGCAGGUUUGCUGCUUGGAACAAUCCAAACCUUUGCUGCAGAUUUCAGGACAGCGGGCAGGUCCUUCGGGGGGUUCAGCGAUGCAAGAACUAGGCAAUCCCAAGUUUCCACUUGGUGUGUAAGGCGAUCUUUGCUUAACUGUGUUGUUCUGUUCAACACUUCUGAAGGUCCUAAAUCAUAGAGUUCUUAGCAGAAAAAUCCUCUGUUCUUGUAACAGAGGAUCAGAGCAAAUGCACCAAAGUCUUUUCCUGGA